AUGAUUCCAGAGCAAAUCUUCAGCCAAUAUCGAAGUCAUUGUAAAGAGUCUGGCUUCAGUCCGAUGAGUAGAAGUACAUUAUGCAGAGUAUUAAAAGUAUGUUCAGCUUCUGUGCGCAAAUCACUGCAAGGUCUGGACUAUUUUUCAGCAGAUGGAGCAAAAGCAUAUGAUGAUCUUGAAGAAAUAGUACAAAAGUUGGGUGAUGAGCAUGGCGCCAGUCUAACGUGGGCAAAGCAUCAAAGUGAAAAGCUCAAACAAUCAAAACGGUAUCUAAAGACGGAUUACAAGGUGAGCAUGAAUUCGGUUGCGGUUAUAAAUCUGUAUGUUCAUUUUUCAGGUACACUUUACUGAAAGUUCAGCUGUCGCCGAUCACUGUAGACCAUUUGCUCUUAGCUUUCCUGGUGACAAAGAUUACAUCUCACCUUGUGACCACGAACAUAAGGAAAGGUGCGACCGCUGCGAUAUACUUCCUCGUGUUGUCGAUGAAAUUCAGUCCGCUUUAGGAAAGAUCGAUGAUGGUGCUGAAAAAGACGAGAUGAAGUUCCAAGGUGAGCAGUCAAUGCAAAAAAUUAGCGUGUGGAAGGCCCAUAUCCUUCGUUCUUCAAACCAAGAUCAAGCUCGAUUGGAUGUUCUAGAAAGUCUGAAUCCAACAUCUGCUCCACUUGUUCUUGAUUGGGCAAUGAAGUUUUUACUAAAAAAGUAUCGUGAGUCCCAAAAUGAUUGGUUCGGGAAACGUGGCAUUAGCUGGCACAUCACCGUAACGAUAAGAAGAAAAGAUAGCACCAUGCAAAUGCUCAGUUUUGUCCAUGUUUUCAAAUAA